GCGGGAGGCAGUCGCGGUGAAUUGUUUGGGGGUGGGUGGGGGGCGCCGCUCAGCCCCAGGUACUGCCUGAGCUGGGAGUCACGGCGUCUUCCGGGCGCAGCCGGGUUAGCUGUUCCGAGUCACCGCAGCUAGGCUCCAGGGUGGGGGAGGGAAGAAGCCGGAGCCGCCUCAAGCCACACGUGAAGGAAAAGCCCAAGAAGUAAAGAAACUUUUACAGUAAUUGUUGAUUUGGCUAUUAUGCUGAUCCCCCGAAUCAAAAAAAGGAGGGCCCCUGAUGGUCAGUUGAUCAAUUCAUCCAUUUAUAGGGAGGCUGGCAGUUUUCCCUCAGGCCUUUGCAAAAGCCCCCUGAAAGGAUCGUCCUCCACAGGACUUUGACUCACCUUCCUUCCCAGGGGUCAACCCUCUAAGACCCUUGAGGCUAGGGGACUGGGAAGAGCUUCAGAAUGGCUAAUAUAUUGCAGUCAAGUGCUGCUGAAACUUAGAAGCUGAUUUUGUCACAGUGUAAGAUGCCUUUGGAAAAUUCUGCAUUCCUCUUAGAUGAAUCUUUUCAACUUGUGCAUAAAUACAGAGUGUCAUUUUGAUGAAAUUUUAUGAAGUCAGCACUCGUUUAACCAAUACCAAGAUCAAGAUAUAGAACAUUUUCAUCAAUCCAGGAGCCUCCUUCAUGCCCCCUGACAGUCAUCACGCACUCCCAAAGAAUUCUGAGACUGAUGGUCAGCCAUACAGAAGAAUACAUUGAACUUACAGUUUUCUGAAGAAUCAGUUCAAAAGAUCCCCCAAAUACAAAAGGAGAAGUACAAAUGUCUACUACAAGACGAAAACGUAAUAUGUUAUGUUGUUUACCGUAAGCUGUAGUAAAAUGAGCUCACUUGUUGACAGAGACGAUGGUAGUAUUUUUGAUGGGUUGGUGGAAGAAGAUGACAAGGACAAAGCAAAAAGAGUAUCUAGAAACAAAUCUGAAAAGAAACGUAGAGAUCAGUUUAAUGUUCUCAUUAAAGAACUGGGAUCCAUGCUUCCUGGGAAUGCUAGAAAGAUGGACAAAUCUACUGUUCUACAGAAGAGCAUUGAUUUUUUACGAAAACAUAAAGAAAUCACUGCACAGUCAGAUGCUAGUGAAAUUCGACAGGACUGGAAACCUACAUUCCUUAGUAAUGAAGAGUUUACACAAUUAAUGCUGGAGGCUCUUGAUGGUUUUUUUUUAGCAAUCAUGACAGAUGGAAGCAUAAUAUAUGUGUCUGAGAGUGUAACUUCAUUACUUGAACAUUUACCAUCAGAUCUUGUGGAUCAAAGUAUAUUUAAUUUUAUCCCAGAGGGGGAACAUUCAGAAGUUUAUAAAAUACUCUCUGUGCAUCUGCUGGAAAGUGAUUCAUUAACCCCUGAAUAUUUAAAAUCAAAAAAUCAGUUAGAAUUUUGUUGUCAUAUGCUUAGAGGAACAAUAGACCCAAAGGAGCCAUCUACUUAUGAAUAUGUGAAAUUUAUAGGAAAUUUCAAAUCUUUAAACAGUGUAUCCACUUCAGCACACAAUGGUUUUGAAGGAACAAUACAACGCACACACAAGCCUUCUUAUGAAGAUAGAGUUUGUUUUGUAGCUACCGUCAGAUUAGCUACACCUCAGUUCAUCAAGGAAAUGUGCACUGUUGAAGAACCUAAUGAAGAGUUUACAUCUAGACAUAGUUUAGAAUGGAAGUUUCUAUUUCUAGAUCACAGGGCACCACCCAUAAUAGGAUAUUUGCCAUUUGAAGUUCUGGGAACAUCAGGCUAUGAUUACUAUCAUGUGGAUGACCUAGAAAAUUUGGCAAAAUGUCAUGAGCACUUAAUGCAAUACGGGAAAGGCAAAUCAUGUUACUAUAGGUUCCUGACCAAAGGACAACAGUGGAUUUGGCUUCAAACUCAUUAUUAUAUCACUUAUCAUCAGUGGAAUUCAAGACCAGAGUUCAUUGUUUGUACUCACACCGUAGUAAGUUAUGCAGAAGUUAGGGCUGAAAGACGACGAGAACUUGGCAUUGAAGAGUCUCUUCCGGAGACAGCUGCUGACAAAAGCCAAGAUUCUGGGUCUGAUAAUCGUAUAAAUACAGUCAGUCUCAAGGAAGCAUUGGAAAGAUUUGAUCACAGCCCAACUCCUUCUGCUUCCUCCCGGAGUUCAAGAAAAUCAUCUCACACUGCAGUCUCAGACCCUUCCUCUACACCUACAAAGAUCCCAACGGAUACUAGCACUCCUCCCAGACAGCAUUUACCCGCUCAUGAAAAGAUGGCACAAAGGAGGUCAUCAUUUAGUAGUCAGUCCAUAAAUUCCCAGUCUGUUGGUCAGUCAUUAACACAGCCAGUGAUGUCUCAAGCUGCAAAUUUACCAGUUCCACAAGGCAUGUCCCAGUUUCAGUUCUCAGCUCAGUUAGGAGCCAUGCAGCAUCUGAAAGACCAGUUGGAGCAACGGACUCGGAUGAUAGAGGCAAACAUUCAUCGGCAACAAGAAGAACUAAGAAAAAUUCAAGAGCAGCUUCAAAUGGUCCAUGGUCAAGGGCUUCAGAUGUUUUUACAACAAUCAACCCCUGGAUUGAAUUUUGGUUCUGUUCAACUUUCUUCUGGAAAUUCAUCUAAUAUCCAGCAGCUUGCACCUAUAAAUAUGCAAAGCCAGGUUGUUCAGACUAACCAUAUUCAAAGUGGAAUGAAUACUGGACACAUUGGCACAACUCAGCACAUGAUACAACAGCAGACUUUACAAAAUACAUCAAGUCAGCAGAAUCAACAGAAUAUACUGAGCGGGCACAGCCAGCAAACGUCUCUUCCCAGUCAGACACAGAGCACUCUUACAGCCCCACUGUAUAACACUAUGGUGAUUUCUCAGCCGACAGCCGGAAGCAUGGUCCAGAUUCCAUCUAGUAUGCCACAAAACAGUUCCCAGAGUGCUGCAGUAACUACAUUCACUCAGGACAGACAGAUAAGGUUUUCUCAAGGUCAGCAGCUUGUGACCAAGUUAGUAACUGCUCCUGUAGCCUGCGGGGCGGUCGUGGUGCCCAGCGCUAUGCUUAUGGGUCAGGUGGUGACUGCCUACCCUACCUUUGCUCCACAACCGCCGCAGUCACAGACACUGCCGGUCACGCAGCAGCAGAGUUCCCAGGAACAGCAGCUCCCUGCAGUUCAGCAGCCACCGCAGGCGCAGCUGGCUCAACCGCCGCAACAGUUUUUACAGACUUCUAGAUUGCUCCAUGGGAACCCUUCAACUCAGCUUAUCCUCUCUGCUGCAUUUCCACUACAGCAGAGCACUUUCCCUCAGUCACAUCACCAGCAGCACCAGUCUCAGCAACAGCAGCAGCUGAAUCGGCGCAGGACUGACAGUUUGACUGAUCCUUCCAAGGUUCAACCACAGUAGCACACACGCUUCCUUUCUGCCCUCAAGGGAGAAAGGGGGUGGUCCAUAAAAAAGUUGCUCGGAUGAUCUGAGGAUAGGAUGAAAAGUUCCAGUGGUUUCAUGAGAUGCAGUAUUGAGUGUUCUAGUUCCUGGAAUUAGUUAGCAGAGAAAAUGCUGCCUCGUGCUGCGGAUGUGCAUUAAGUACCAGCCAGCAGGAGAUGAUCAUAGGGCCAUAGCCAAUUCUGACAGUGUUUUUACUUGCCCAGAUAUUUUUUGGUGGAAAAAGAGUAUAUUGCCAAAUGUUAAGAAACUCAGCUAUGAAACAUGACCUCCAGUGAAUAAGAAAGGCACUAACAAUGUUAGUAACUUUGAGUGGUUCUGUGCCUGUUUUCAAGUGUUACAGAGGAUACACCACUGCCAUGUCAGGGGUUUGCUUUACAAUGAUGCCAUGAAGACAGUCCAGUAGACUCAGUAGGCCCCCUUCCCCAACCCCUCUCCCUUUUCGGAUAAUGAUGGAAUAGUAAUUAAUUUCAGAAUGUUGUAUGAGUUUAAAUUCUCUAUGUACAGAUGCUGUAAAAAUAAUAUUAUGUAUAUGUCUGGAUAAAAGGAGAGAAAGCAAAACAUUUUGUAUGCUGCAUGAAAGCAUUAUCUCCUCAUUUAGGUAUGAGUACGUUUCCUUAGAUUCUGACACCAUGUGCAAACUAAUACAUCCUCUCUUCCCUUUUGUUUACCAUACAGUAGUGUUCUCUUCAGUUUUCCGGGGCACAAGUCUUUUUUUGUUCAUACUUUGGCUGUGAUGUCACAGUUUGUUCAGUGAGGUAUGAUGUGCUGCUGGGAAUGGAUUUUUUUUUUCAGGUUAAAUUAUUUGAAACAGGAUUUUAAAGUUACUCAGAAAUAUCCCUCAUUUCAUUAUUUUUCAAUUAUGUUUGAAAAUAGGAUUUGCACUGCUUUAUUUUAAGAUGGUUGGGAGUUUUGUUCACAUGUUUUGAUCUAGUUCAUAGUUGGAAAUAGUUGUGUAAAUGGUUUUUAAGAAGCCUGAAAGUAAUUUCAAGAAUGUUUCAGUUAUAGGAGUGAAUUUGCACACAAAAUAUUUUAGGCACUUUUUAAUGUUCUCACUGGUGGGAAUUUUAACUUUUAGGAUUUGUUGGAACAUUUUUAUUAUCCCCACAAUUUCAAUGCUUCUUUUAGUCAGAAAUGAUUCAGGGUUAUUUGAGGAAAAAACAAAAAACAAAAAAAAAACCCAUAGUGCCUUGAUUUUGAUUCAGGUGAUAACUCACCAUCUUGAACUCACCGUCUGGUUUCAGUAGCAGUUUUGAAAUCUUGGUACAUUUUUAAUAGCAUGUGGGUGUCAGUGCCAUUAAGUUUCUAAUGAAGACUGCUUUGAGUCUCUUGGUUUAGAGGUACAAAUAAUUUUGAAAUAAAAGAUGACAUCCUAAUGAUACAUCAGAGUUACUAAUGUGAUCACAAAGUUGUUUUGCUAAAUCAUCAUUUUCCUUAAAGCUAUAUAGUCAUUUAGGAACUACCAGUAAAUAUUUGCUCAAUGUGAUCUGAAAAUCCUGUGAAGAAAAAAGAAGGGGUAGGAAUUGGCUUUGCCUUCACUACAGCACUAUAGAAUAUUGUAGCUCACAUGCUUCAUAAACAUGAACUAAGAUUUCAUUUGUUAAUACAUUCUAAAGGUAGUAAGUUCCAACCAGAAUUACAUACAUUAAAAAAAAAGCAUUUUAUAGAUUUUAUGGUACUAAUAAUUAAAUUUAUAACUACAGAACAAAGGAAAAUUAAUGGGAAAAUGUCUUAUUAGAAUAUCAAAAAUUAUUACUGAGGAAAGGGAAGACAGCAAGCUAUAAUAAAUCAAAAUUGACCUUAAAAGAAAAUGUGUAACAGAAUUGAGGUUGCUAAAUAGAAAAGUUUUCAGCAAUGAAAAUAAUCUAGUACAGAAUUGCUAGAUAAAGGAGUCAGGGGAACUCUCAGUCGGUUCUUAAGACUUUUCUGUUCUCAGCUUUGCUAUCAUCCUUAAGGGGUAUACUUUGUCUUUCUGUAGAAAACCAUGCCUGGCCACACAUAAACUAGAAAAUUAAUGUUGAAAACAACCAAAGAGACUUGGUACCUACCCUUCUACAAAAGAAGUGUUACUAGAUGCCAAUCAGUAAUUAACAUAUCAAGGAGCUCCUCUUCUAGCUAAAUGAUCAUCUGACUUUCUCAUGAAUGUCAAGAAUAAAUGUCAGAAUAUCUGUGUACUUGAGCAUAUAUACAUGUGGGCAACAUUGAUGUUGUAGAGUAUGGCAACAGUAUUUUUUUCCCCUUUCAAAUUGCCUUUCUUAACCUUAUCAUGCCAUUCCAUAUAUAUCUGAGUUGUGCCUCAUUUAUUUAUUGGCAAUAUGUAGUGAUACAGAUUUAGCAAACAAAAGAUAUGAACUAUUAUAUUAAGGUUUAUUUUCUAAGUCCCAUGUGUAAAAAGAAAGAUGGUGAACCGUGAGUACUGUGUACUUAGGUUAACACAAGCCACAAGGUAAAUCUGUACACUGUUUAUGCACAUUCUCCUCCACCAGUCCCUUCAAGCAUUUUUCCAUCCUCACAAAUAUGUGGGAAAGAAAAUUAGACAAGAUUUUGCUUUAUAAUUCCUGCUGUUGCUCACAGCUCAUUUUUUUCCUGCUUAGAAUUGGUUGCUACACUUACAGGAGCAGCUGGCUGCUUUUCUUUUGCUGUCAGAAUGAAAUGUUGGAUCAGAAGAGCUAGUAACUGCCUCUCAGCUCCUCCUUUAAUUUUGUUUUCCUCCUGCUUCCCU